AUGUCCGACAGCAGAAACUCGCAAGCGUCCGAGUUGAUACAGUUACUUCAUGGCAUUGCGGAUGAUCAAGCAAGAAGAGAUUACGAUCUAUGUGAACAGUGCGAGUCGCAAGAACUUCAUUACAAGACGCACGUAUUCUUGAAAAUAAGAAUCCCCAUUCCACCGUUGGCCAACCCUCGAUCUGCGCUAUUACACCCUUUUUAUCCUGGUGAUUGGAAACAAAUGCCACCAUUGUCGAGUCCUGAUAUAGAGUCAAUUAGAGAACUCGAACGAAUCACCCAUUUCGACUCAGUAGAACUAGAAGGCCUUUGGGAGCAAUACAAGUCCUUAGCUUCUGCAGAAGAUGGGAUUGACGGCAUAGAUAAAUCAGGCUUUGAAGCAUGUCUGGGUCCAUUGGGUCUUGAGGGAAAUGUCAUAGUCGAUCGGACAUUUCAAUGGUUUGAUCAGGAUAAUAACAAACUAAUUAAUUUUCGAGAAUUUGUGUGCGGAUUGUCGGUAUUAUGGAAGGGAACCCUCUCAGAGAAAAUUGAUUUUGCAUUUAAAGGCUACGACAUAAACGAUGAUAAGGCGAUUUCCAAACUUGGACUUCGCACCGUGAUUAAAGCAUGCAGCGAAAUAUCGCGUAUUAUGCUUAGUUCUGUUAUAAACAUAAUUUCGCCCUCUCCUUUUGAACAAUAUUCCUCACUUUCUCACGAUUCGUCUUCCUCAUUUGAUUCGUCAUCCAAUGAAGUUGAUUCGUCGCCGUUCGAUACUCAGUUUGAUUUUAUUCCCUCUCUUGAAAGGAUGACGAUUUCUGGAAUAGACGAGAUUGUAGAGACAUUAUUCAGCAAAAUUGAUGAGCGUGGAAAGGGGCAUAUUGACUAUGAAGACUUCUGUGAAUACGCAAAAAAGGAUAGUUCUUUGGUUGAUUGGUAUUCUGCGUUGGGCACGUGA